AUGAAUGAUUUAACUAAUUUUGAAGAAAUUAAAAAUGGUAUUAGCAAAUAUAUUUCAUCAGAUGAAAAUGAACUUAAUGAAAAUGAUAAUAAAAGUAAUAUAAAAUUAGAAAAAAAAUUAAAGAUUAUAAAGGAAAAAGAUAUAAAUAACUGCUUUAAAGAUUUUUCUAAAGAGAAAGAAUCUAAUAGAACAGAGGAAUCAUUAAAAAGUAGUGAAAAAAAAAAGGAAAUUAAUUAUAAUGAAGAUAAGAGAAAAAAAGAUAAAAAUAAUAAAAAAUAUAGAAAUUAUGAAGAAAGAAAAAAUCAUAAGAAGAAUAUUGAGAUUUCCAAAGAUGAAAAAAAUAUUAUAAAAGAAGAUGAUAAAUUAAAAACAAAAGAAAUAUUAGGUGAUCUAGAAAAAAAAAAUGAUUAUAAGAAAUUAAAAGGAAUUGAUAACAAAAAAGAUAAUAAUUUGACAAAUAAAGAUUCUAAGGAUAAAAAAGAUAUUUACACUAACGAUAGAAGUAAAUAUCAAAUAAGUAAUACAAAAAAUUCUGAUAUUAAUAAAAAAUGUGAUAAAGAGAAAUAUGAAACAAGAAAAAGCGAAAAAGAGAAAAAUUUGAACAAAGAGAAAUAUGAAGAAAAAAAAAAUAAAAAUAAAAGAAGUAACGAUUAUUCUUCAGACGAUAGUUGCACAAAAAAUGAAAAAAAUUAUAAAAAAAGAAAAUAUGAAGAGAAAAAAAAUAAAAAGAAUAAUGAGUAUACAUCAGAUAAUGACAGUAGUUUAGAAGAAAAAAAUUAUAAUAAAAGAAAAUUUGAAAAAAAGAAGAAAGAUAAAAGAAUUAGUGAUAAUCAUGUAUCAACUAGUAAUAAUAAUAAAGAAGAUAUAGAAGAAAAAAAAAGAAAGAAAGAAAGAAAAAGUGAAAACUUUAAAGAUGAUAAUGUAAAGAAAACAAGUAAAAAUGAGGAUAAAGAUAAAGAUAAGGAAGGAAACGAUGAUAAAACUAGUAAACUUAGUAGAUUAGAAAGGUUAAAAUUAUUUGCAGAAAAAAUAAAAAAAGAAGGUAAUGAAAAAAUAAAGACAUGUACAAAAUUUACCUUAAAUACUACUAAUAAUAUAAAUAAAAAAUAUGAUGUAGACGUAUUUAUGCUAAAUCAAAAAGAUAAUGAUAAAAUAAUGAAUGAUAAAAGUAUUUCAGUUAAUAAAGAUAUUUCAAAUAAUGAAAAUCUUAUUAGUAAUGAAAUUUAUGAAACAAAUAAAAAUAACCAUAAAAACGUGCCAGAAGAAAAUGAAGAUUCUUUAGAAUUGUUUAUGAAAAAUUUAGAAAUGGAAUAUAAUGAAGAAAAAAUAAAUGUAAAUAAAACCAUAACAUUAGAUGAAAUUUAUAGUUAUAAUCUCUAUAAAAGUAAAUUUGAAAAUUUUGAAAAUGUAGAUAAAAAUCAAAAAGAUAAAAAUAAAGUAAAUACAAAAGAAUUAGAUAAAGAAGAAUUAUGCAAAAAAGAGGUAGAUAAGUAUAAAGAAAUUGUGAAUAUAGAAAAUAAGAACAAAGAGAAUAGAAAUGAAGAAUAUAAAGAUAAAGAGUAUAUGAAUGAAGAACAUAAGAAUAAAGAAGAUAAGAAAGAAGAAGAUAAGAAAGAAGAAGAUAAGAAGGAAGAUAAGAAAGAAGAUAAGAAGGAAGAUAAGAAAGAAGAUAAGAAGGAAGAUAAGAAAGAAGAUAAGAAAGAAGCAGAUAAGAAUAAUAUUGAUAAAAAUUAUAAAAAUGAUAAUGAUGAUGUAUGUAAAAAAAAUAAAGGAAAUAAUUUGGAAAGAAAAGAAAUAACUGAUGACGAUAGCGAAAAGUUUGACAGACUUUUCAUUGAAGAGCUAAAGAAAAAAACAGAAGAGGAUAUGAAAAAAAGUAAAGAAAAAGAAAGUAAAAUAAUAUUUUCAGAUGAAGAAAUAAAUAAAUCUGAUAAGUCUAAUGACGAAUUAAGUGAUGACAGUGAAUUUAAUUGUGAAACAAACUCUUUAAAGAAAAUUAAUAAAAAAUUGUUACAAGUCAAUCACGAAGAAAUAGAUUAUUUACCCAUCAAAAAAAAUAUUUAUGUACAAGUAAAUGAAAUAACAAAUAUGAAAGAAAGUGAUGUUGAAAUGUUUCGAAAAAAUAAUGGAAAUAUAAUUGUACGUGGAAAAAAUUGUCCUCGACCUGUUCAGUAUUUUCACCAAUGUGGUUUACCUUCAAAAAUAUUUUCAAUAUUAGAAAAAAAGAAUUUUAAAAAAAUGUUUAAUAUUCAAAUGCAAACAAUACCAGCACUAAUGUGUGGAAGGGACGUAAUAGCAAUAGCUGAAACAGGUAGUGGAAAAACCUUAUCUUAUCUGUUACCUUUAAUUAGGCAUGUCUUGCAUCAGCAUCCUUUAAGAAAUAAUGAUGGGCCAAUAGCUUUAAUCUUGACUCCAACAAGAGAGCUAAGUAUACAAGUAAAAAAUGAAGCAAAGAUCUAUUGCAAAGCAGUGAACUUAAAUAUCUUAGCAGUAUAUGGUGGCUCCAAUAUAGGAAAACAAUUAAAUACCUUAAAAAGAGGUGUAGAAAUAUUAGUAGGUACCCCUGGACGUGUUAUUGAUAUAUUAACUAUAAGUAACUGCAAAGUUACUAACUUAAAUCGAGUGUCUUUUGUUGUUUUAGAUGAAGCAGAUAGGCUACUAGAUUUAGGUUUUGAAACACAAAUUUAUAGUAUAUUAAAUAAUUGUAGAAAAGACAAGCAAACAGCUAUGAUUUCUGCUACUUUUCCUAAUUAUAUACAGAACAUGGCAAAAAAAUUAUUGUAUAAACCUAUUGAAAUAAUUGUUGGAGAAAAGGGAAAAACUAAUAAUAACAUUUAUCAAUUUGUUGAAGUAAUGGAAGAUUCUAAAAAAAUUUUUCGCCUCUUAAAAUUAUUAGGAGAAUGGAUAAAGUAUGGCCUAAUUUUAAUUUUUGUUAAUAAACAAUUAGAAGCAGAUUUAUUGUAUUUAGAAUUAUUCAAAUAUGAUUAUAAAACUUUAGUUCUUCAUGGUGGUCAAGAUCAGGCAGAUCGAGAAUUCACUUUACAAAAUUUCAAAGAUGAGAAAAAUAAAAUUCUAAUCGCUACAUCUGUGAUGGCAAGAGGAAUAGAUAUUAAAAAUAUUAUUCUAGUCAUAAAUUAUGAGUGCCCAGAUCAUAUAGAAGAUUAUAUUCAUAGGAUUGGUAGAACAGGUAGAUCAAAUAAUAUUGGAUAUGCAUACACUUUUAUUUGCCCCAAUGAAUAUUCUAAAGCAUAUGAUAUUUAUAAUUUAAUUAAAAAUAAUAUUUAUUAUUUAAAUAAAACAAUAGAUAUACCUCAAGAAUUAGAAACAAUGGUUCAAGAAUAUACAAACACUAAUAGUAUCGAAUAUAAAAAAAAAGGAUAUAAAGGAAAAGGGUACAAAUUCACUCCUAAUGAAAAAUCUAGAUUACAAAUUGAUAAAGCAUUAGCUAAAAAGGAAUUAGGUUUAGUAGAAGAAAAUAAUGAAGAUCAAAAAGACUUUUAUUCAUCUGACAACGAAGUUGAUAACAACUUUAGUAACAGUGUCAAUAUAAAUAAUGUUAAAAGAAAUUAUGGAAAACAAAAUAUGAAUGAGCCUAAUAUUAAUCAGCAAAAUGAUAUAAAUAAAAUAGAAUUAGAAAUACAAAGGAUAAAAAUGAACGACACAAUGGAUUUAUCAUUAAAAGCAAAAAAAAUAUAUGAAUUAAUGAAAAAGUACAAUUUUGAUUCAUUACAAAAUAGCAAUAAAAAUAUUGAUAAUAACAAAGAAGAAGAAAUUGAAAAAGAAGCAGAAAAAGAAGCCUUAAAAGCGACUCAAAACAUAAAAGACGAAAAAGAAAGGCAAUCGACGUUUAAUAAAAUUAAAGAAGAAAUUAAGAAAAAAUUAAUAAAUAACAAAAAUCAGAUAGAUACUAUGAAUGAAAGUAUUCAAAGAAAUAUGAUUUUAAAUAUGAUUAAGUCAAAAAAUUUGAAAAAAUAUUCUCCAUAUUUACCACAUACUUAUGUAACAGAAGAUAAUAACAUUUUAGAAGAAUUUUAUAUUAAUGAUUAUCCACAGCAUGUUCGAUUAAAAAUUUCUCAUCGCGACGUAUUAUCUAGAAUUUCUGAUAUUUCAGGUGCUAGUUGUCAAAUAAAAGGACAAUAUUUUAAUCCUUCCCAACCAAAAAAAAAUUUCUUAUUUAAUGUAAAACCACUACAUAUAGAAAUUACUGCAUCCACCUACAAUCAAGUUCAAAUUGCUAGAAAUGAAUUUAAUUCACUUAUUAAUGUUUUUAUGCAAACAUGUAAUACAAAAAAUCAAAAAAUUAAUACGGGAUAUAAUGUCUUUCGUUAA